AUGGAAUUUAUUACAAAGAGGUUCAAAAAGCCAUCGGGGUUUAUCCGGCCAUGGAGUACCUAUAUGUGCAGCUGUCAAGAGAAUUGUGGUAAGUUCUACUCAAAUACUUUCAGUAACACUCUUUAUUUAGUAAACUGUCUUUGUGUUCCGACCUUAUUGCCAUGCUUUAUGUGCGAAUUAUUUCAUUAUGUUUUCGGCUAUCAGUGGUGGCCCUCUCUGGUAAUGGGAAUCUUCCUAACCCCAUUCGCUCCUUUCAUUAUAAUUGCUGCGAGAAUCGUUCUUCGGAAGAAGCACCAAUUGCAGGGCAAUCUACUUGCCGACGUCUUUUGCACUCUCCUCUGUUUCCUCAACUCCGCCUGCCAAGUUCGAGACGAGAUUUUCACCCUUCGACGAGAUCACAUUUGGGAGCUAAAAAAUCCCCCACCACCUGGCGAACCCGAGUAUUCGCCCUACAUCCUUCCGAUCGUCGAGGCGUUUAGAGAUAUCAAGGAAGGCAACUGUUGUAAGAAGAAGGGAGGGUCAGAUGACGACAAAUCGAGUGGUAGUGAAUCGUCAGAAAGUGAUUCUGAAAGUGGCUCUGGUAGUGACACCAGCUCCUCCGAUUAA